CCUAGUGUAGUACGUAGAUAAAAGUGUGAAAUAUGAGUUGGAACGAGCAGCCUCGACGUAAGGGACGUUUCGAGACGAAACGGAAAAUUGCGUGGAAAAACAAUGUCGUCGCCGGAGCCAAAAAAAGAAAAUUAGCAUCUGACAUAAAUAAAGUCGAAGGUCAGCGAAUCGUGAAUAUCACGCAAGUGGCGGAGGAUUUGUGGUGCAAAUCCUGCAAUAAAGCACUUUCGUUUCGGCACGUAGAAAGUGAAACCAUAUGCGGUUUGGCAAGCACCUUCAAAGUGCGGUGUCCAAAUUGCACCAAAAUAAAAACAGUCGCAACUUGUAAUCGGGCAAAAUAUGUCAGCGAUAAUCGUAAAAUGAUGUUUGAGAAUAAUUACAAAGGAGCUAUAGGAGUCAUCGAUGCAGGCAUUGGUGUAACGCAGUUGAACACUUUCUUGUCAACCAUGAACAUUCCAUCGGUCCAUUCUACGUUAUUAAAACGUUACGAACGUUUAGUUGGGGUCGCUAUCGAAGCAACUGCUAAGGAGAGUUGUGCCGAGGCAAUAAAAAUAGAAAAAGAGGUUUCUAUUGCUGCAGACACAUCGAGGCAACCACGAAGUAACGAUCCUGUAAUGAUCGCAGCUUCCUACGAUGCUGCCUGGCCAAAGCGUGGAAAUGGUCACUCAUAUGAUAGUUUAGCAGGUAUUUCUGAUGUUUCAGUUGCAAAUGAUUGAAACGCAGGCUAAACGCGUAAUAGUGUACAUACAACUACGAUUAU